CUUGUACAGGCUCCGGCCACUAAACAGGAAUUCACGGGCAGAGGACUUCUCUCCCUUAGGCUUCGCCCUUCCCCGGCCAGCGGUACACGGGUUUUUUCCACAGCACGCAAAAAGCCCCUCGCGUUUUAAACCUCCCCAAGUGUGCCGAACGAGAAACCCGUCCCCUUCGUUUACCCUUUUGCCAAGCCCAGCUAAGAAAAGUUAGCAAUCUUGGCACUUGAGCUCGGUGAGAGUGGACUUUGCCUCUUAGAAGUAGGGAAUCGUGUUAUCACACACAUGCACACACAAAAAGGCAAAUCUGCUUUUCUUGCUCUUGGCGGAUGCAAAGGGGAGAAGUGCUAGGUCAGAGGAGGGAGACAUGUACCCUCCCUUAAGGAUUUUCAGGCAAAUGUAGGUUUGCAAAUAAAUGUGCUGGUUCUUUGCAUCCUGUCCUGUUAGCGGAUCUAUCAAGGGGAGCAAAACCGGGGAGCACCCGGCUCGGCCUGAUGCUCCACUGGAAAUGCCUCCUGGGUCCCUCCGGGCUGGGGCGGAGCGGGGCGGGCUGAAGGUCAGGCAAUUUGCAGAAUAUGCGUAAAAUAAGAGGAGCUUUUGCAGCGGCUGGCUUUGUGAAGUUGAAUGGGUGCUUAGGGCAAGGCGAGAGGGGGUAAUCUGCCUUUUGCCCAGCUGUCCCGGAGGUGUUGUCUGAACCGUCUGCGGGGCGCCUGGCACUUCCCGGGAGGGGAAGCUCCUUUAGCAUCUCCCGGGGGAGGGCAGGGGGGAAGAGUUAAAAGGAAGCAUGGGUUUGACUUUCUGAUAAGGCGGCUGAAGCAGCCCCCUCCCACCUCCCGGCCCGGAGGAUGUCUCCUGGUUAUCUCCAGGUUGUCUGCACUCUCCGGCGGGCGAGGGGCUGUCGCCUCCCACCUGCUGCGCGCCCCCCGCCCGAGAUGGAGCUGGAGGCGGGGAGGGAAGCGGAGACCGGAGGUUGCUUUUCCAGCUCCCACCUUGGCGUCUGAGGGGGCUCCGCCACCGAUCCCGGGCUUGUCUGAAGCGCCUUCAGGUAUAAUUGAAGACAUUGUGUGGUCCUUGUAACAAGUUUGGUUCCUACUUGGCUUUAAUUGCAAAAUACUGUUGCGGAUUUUUGUAUAGGAUUUCAGAUGUGUUCUAAGCCUGGCGGGGUGAGCAAGCUUCUGGGCACUGAUGGAGACUCAGCACGGCAGUGGGUCGCAGCCCUUACUACAGGCUCGGCGUGACAGUGGGAGAGCGCACGGGGAGCCCGACCUGCGGGAUGUCCUGAUGCAGCAGGUCCACGUCUUGUCGUUGGACCAGAUCAGAGCCAUCCGAAACACGAAUGAAUACACGGAGGGACCUACGGUGGCUCCACGGCCGGGGGUCAAGUCUUCUCCUCGGGUGACAACCCAACCCAAAAAUGAAAGGCCCCAUGGCUUGCCUGAGCAUCGUCAUUUUAGCCGGAUCCAGCACACACAAACGCACACAUCUCCUCGAGCGCCUCUGUCCCGAUCCAUCAGCACAGUCAGCACAGGUUCACGGAGCAGUACGAGGACAAGUACGAGCAGUAAUUCCUCAGAGCAAAGACUUCUGGGAUCAUCUUCGGGGCCAGUUGCUGAUGGGAUAGUCCGAAUGCAGCCCAAGUCCGAGCUCAAGUCGAGUGAGCUGAAGCCACUGAGCAAAGAAGACUUGGGAGCACACAGCUACAGGUGUGAGGACUGUGGAAAGUGUAAGUGUAAGGAGUGCACUUAUCCAAGGACCCUCCCCUCAUGUUGGAUCUGCGACAAGCAGUGUCUUUGCUCAGCCCAGAACGUGGUUGAUUACGGGACUUGCGUUUGCUGUGUGAAGGGCCUCUUCUAUCACUGCUCUAACGAUGACGAGGACAACUGUGCUGACAACCCCUGCUCCUGCAGUCAGUCACAUUGCUGCACUAGGUGGUCCGCCAUGGGUGUAGUGUCCCUCUUUCUGCCUUGCUUGUGGUGUUACUUACCAGCCAAGGGUUGCCUUAAGUUGUGCCAGGGCUGUUACGACCGGGUAAAUCGGCCUGGGUGCCGCUGUAAACACUCCAACACCGUUUGCUGCAAAGUUCCCAGCGUGCCCCCCAGGAACUUUGAAAAGCCAACAUAGCAUCACUAGCCAGAAAUACUAAAGUAACAAGGAUUAUUAUUUUAACAUACAUAUGCAACCUAAGCAGCUAUGGUCUUGGCACUGUAGUAGAAGGGUUGGGGAUGAACUUUGCUGUUUGCAGUGAAAUGCUUUUCUGUGUGUGUGCCAUCUUAACUGAUACGCUUGUUAGAAUCCAGCUAGUGGCAUACAGGGGAAAAAAAAGGGAUGCAGUACAUUGUGACCCACAUAUUGCAUAAGCUAAAGCAACACAGACACUCCUAGGCAACUCUAUUGUUUGUGAAUAGUACUUGCAAAAUUUGUAAAUUAGCAAAUGACUCCUUUUUUUUUUCAUUGUUUUCUGCCAGAGAUAAUGUGCUAUAUUUUUGUAUAUACAAUAAUAUUUUCAACUGUGAAAAGUAAGUGCUGUCAUAAGACAUGGCACAGUCACAAAAUAUUAUACUAAUAUGUUGUACAUUCAGAAGAAUGUGAAUCAAUCAGUAUGUUUUUAGAUUGUAUUUUGUCUUACGGAAGCCUUCUAUUACAAGACUUUGAUUUCCCUUUGGACUUCAUGUAUAUUGUACAGUUACAGUAAAAUUCAGCCUUUAUUUUCUAAUUUUUUCAACAUAUUGUUUAGUGUAAAGAAUAUUUAUUUGAAGUUUUAUUAUUUUAUAAAAAGAAAUAUUUAUUUUAAGAGGCAUCUUACAAAUGUCACCCCUUUUUAUGAGGACAUCAUAGUUGCUGCAAAUAAGGGGUGAACGAUGCAUAUGUUCACUAUAAAAUAGAAAAUAUAUUAACGUUUGAAAUUAAA